UACAGUCAUCAAACAGCUCUGGAAAAAACGAGAAGCAGAUUUGUGUGCUGUGUUGUCACCUCUCAGUCAAAGCCCUGUGGGCAGGAGCUCAGUGCAUUUGUUCCCUGCCCCAGCAGCACUUGGCUGUGCUGCAGGACAGCCCAACACUGAAGCUCACAAAGAAGAGAAUUUUUCUUGAAUGAGGAAAAGCUUUGGCACCUUCAGCCAGAAUGUUGCCUUACACCUGCCUGAACUGGGUUCUCCUGGUGCUGUUCACAGGCUCCACGGUAUCGGAAUUAGCUGUGGUAGGAGAGGUCGGUCAGGACGUCACUGUGCCCUGCCACUACAAUGUCCAGAGCAGCAACGACAUCACAUCCAUGUGCUGGGGUCGGGACAGGUGCCCCAAUUCCAAGUGCUCCCAGCCCAUUAUCUGGACCGAUGGCUGGAGGGUGACAGAGCAGCACAGCAGCCGGUACCAGCUGAAAGGGCAGCUGUGGAGGGGGGACGUGUCCCUGACCAUCGUGAACGCCAGGGAAGCAGACUCGGGGCUCUACUGCUGCCGUGUGGAGAUCCCCGGGCUGUUCAACGACCAGCUGAUUAAUCACAAGGUUGUGAUAAGAAAAGCAAGGAUCACUACUGCAAGUCCUCACACUUACACCUCUGAACAGACCUCAGCUCCUGGCAGCACCAGUGAAUCCUCCUUUGCUGUCACAAGGACCUGGCCAUCAGAUUCUGCUUCAGAAGCUCCUCAGACUGCCUCUGCUCCCUGCUCAGACUGCUUGGAUGUGACUGCAGACCUGCAGAACACGUCUGUGCCCCUUCCCAGCCAGCAGCACCCUGAGCAGGGGCUGUACAUUGGCAUUGGCUCCUGUGCAGCCCUGCUGCUCAUCCUGAUCUUGGCUCUGCUCCUCUCUAAAGACUAUUUUUACAACACAAAGAAGAUGGGUGGUUCUGCAGGCUUUGUUGCAUUUUGGAGGCCACAAGGUGUGGGGAGCCAUAGUGCCCUGGAAGAUGAGAAUCAUGCAGAGGAAAAUGUUUAUAUCAUACACUAUCUGGUUUCCUCUUCUUCCAGUGCUGCCCCGGUGUCUCUGCCAGCCAGAAUGUCUCAUUUUGUGCUGUUUCACUGCAUGAUGAUACAGAUCUUUAUAGCACCCACGGUGUCUGAAGCCAUGGUCAGAGGCACAGCAGGCCAGGCUGUGACCCUGCCCUGCUCCUACCGCGUGACGCGGCGCAGGGACGUCGCCGACAUGUGCUGGGGCAGGGGCUCCUGCCCCAACUCCAAGUGCUCCAACAAAAUCCUGCACACCACCGGCAGCAAGGUGACCUUCAGAGCAUCUCCGAGGUACAGGCUGCAGAGCCACGUGUCCUUUGGGGACGUGUCCCUCACCAUCGGGGCGCUGCAGGCGGAGGAUGCGGGCGUGUACUGCUGCCGCGUGGAGAUCCCCGGCCCCUUCAACGACAUCAAGCGCAACAUCUGGCUGGAGGUGGCCACAGCCCCUCCAGUGACCACAACCAUCACCACCACCACGAGAAAUGCUCCUGCUUUCUCUGAACAUUUUACAGAAACAACUUUUGCUCCUCAAGCAACCUCUGAUGUGCAGCCAGCAGCAGAGACUGCAGUCCUGCUGACAACCCUUCCUCCAGAAACCACAGCCCCUGAGUUUCCAGCAGUGACCACGGGGGACACCUCUGCUCCCCCAACAACAGAGAAUUAUAUUUUUCCUGUAACUGUGGUGGAAACGAGUGCUCCCCCAGAUUCUCCAACUACUUCCCAAGCAGCUGAUGUGACAACUGAAGGUUUCAUGUUCUGCUCCACUCUCCCUGGAAGUACAGAGGUGGCUACUGAAUUCCCAGGUACUGUUCCAGCUGCAGAGGAAACCACCACCUCUGGCAUGGUAGAAGAGAUGUCAGUCAUGGAGGUUUCAGCAAAUUCAGAUGGCAGUGCUGGGAGACAUGAAGGAGGAGAUAAGGUAACACUUUCUUUUCCCACCUCUGUCAUUCUCGUUGCCUGUGUCACAGUGGGGUCCAUCCUUUUCCUGCUGCUGGUCUCCUUGGUUUGGAAACGUAAACAGGCAAAGAAGUUUAUAGUAAAAAGUGUUGGACCACCAGAAGAGACUGAAAAAGUUUUCAGUGGUGCUGAGGGAGAAAACAACAUUUUUUCCCUGUGAAGAGCUCCUACAUCAUCUGCAGAUGCCAUGGGAAAUAAAAAGGGCCUGUUCCAUGCUGCACUGAGAGAUACUUGUGAGCCCUCAAAAUAUCAGUGGGUAUAAAACAAAGGCCAAAUCUUCAUCUAUGAAAAUUUAAAAUCUUUGUGCAAAUUUUCCCACAUCACCCUUAAAACUCAUUGCAUAAAGAAGCUUAUUUGAGAAGGGGCUUUAUGCAUUAUUCAGGGAUGUUCUGGCAUCUUACUAGCACCAUGUUGCACAAUUGAAUUUGUUUUUCUCCAUUUUUACUAAUGCUCUUCCUUGAGUACAACAUGUACUGCAAGGAACAGAAGUGAUCACAUGGAAGGCUGCCUAUCUUCAAAUUGCCAUAAAGAAAGAAAAGGAAUCAUAAAACACAGUCUUUAAUGCUUUUAUGUAAUCAACAGAAAAAUCAAGCAACAAGAAUGCUGUGAGUUUAAAUCACAACUGCAGAUUACUUAAGGGGUAUCACUACUGCCUGUGAUUCAGCAUGAUGGAAUAACCCUUGGAAAAUAAUGUUAAUAAACUUUGUAAUUUGUUGCUGGCAA